UCUGCACCACGCCCGCUGCGACGCCACGCUAUCCUCGUCGCCGUCGCCGAUCUGCCGCGCCCCCUCGAGCUCCCCUCCUGGUUUGUCAGUCUGCCCGCCCGUUCCCUCUGGCCAGACUGAAGAGAGCAGCACGACGACGAGGGCAGAGCGCAAGGCGGGACCUUCCAGGCUCCCACCGAUCUGAUCCCCUGUCCCCUGCUCUGGACUUCUGCUGCCUACCUCUGCCUCCACUGCUCGCCGAGACGCCGUCCGAGGACCAGGUGAAAAUGGAAGGCCACUCCCAAAAUAAAAUAUCAUCAGCUGAAGCUAUCUUGGUGGGAGCCUUGUCUUCUGGUGUUAAUGCCCCAACAUGGAUUGUGCUCCAGAUGACAUUUUUGCUACUAGCGUGCUGUUUUAGUGCAAUGCUCUAUCUGGCCUUCUUCUCAAGUGACUUUGUGAUCGUUGGGCAUGUUUUUUUGCUCAUAACCAUUGGCGUGGUUCUGUUUGUGCUUCUUAACAGGUUUCUUGCAGAGACUGGUUUUGUCCCGGUUGAACAACAGAUGCAGGAAAUUGGAAUCCAUAAACCAGAAGCUACAGAAAAAGACAAGAGAAGCUAGCCACUGAACAUACUUUAAUUUAUUCAUAUAGAAGACAACUUGUCAUUUUACACGGUGAAACAGAGUGCAUUGCACGAUAUGCCACUCCAUUCAUAUAUCUAGGCAGACUUUUGCACACGUGUACAUGUAAAUUUCAACAGAGUGCUUUGCACGAUAUGCCACUCCAUUCAUAUAUCUAGGCAGAAUUCAGACAUGCUUGGCCGCCUCCUCCGUUGUUUUGCUCUUCUUCCUCUUGAUGUAGCAGAAACACGAGCAGCAGGGGAACUGAAACAAGAACUUCAUUAUGUGGGAAUUCACCAAUGCUGAGUC